GACAGACUGCCCUUCCACGCGCUGUUAAGAUAGUUACGACUUCCCUUCUGUUGGCUCUCUGUACAGUGACAUUAUUCUCUGUUGUGGACUCGAAUCCUGUGAUCUUUGGCUUCUGGCACAGGCGCGUCGCAAAAAAAGCAGAAGCCUUCUUACCCGACUGAGUUUUGCUGCUCCGAUUGACUCGAAGCUUGCUUCGGACACGGUCCACUCGCCGUCCUCGUGGAACCCCUCGGAUAGAGCUUCUCCUUCUUCCGUCAACUCCCCGUCGCCCAGGCGUUUUCCCUUCCGGAACCUCCUACAAACUACUUCUACUUCCGUUUCAGCAUUCAUAUUAUUUUCGCCACGAUGGGCCCCCGAACUAGAUCACAGAAAGCCGCCGCUGAGCUGGAGGCAACCGACCCAUCGCCGGCCGUUAACGGAACCUUGCAGGAAUCGCCAAAGAACGGUGCAGCAGUCACUGCUGAUGGUGAUGUGGAGGAAAACGUGUUUCUUUUUGCCCCGAACUUGAUCGGAUAUGCGCGUGUUGUGUUGACGAUGGCCUCCCUCUACUAUAUGCCUCUGCACCCGCGGACGUGCUCCCUCCUUUACAGCGUGUCGUGUCUGUUGGAUGCUCUGGAUGGAUAUGCGGCGCGCUACUAUAAUCAGUCUACCACAUUUGGCGCGGUGCUGGACAUGGUGACGGAUCGGUGCACGACCGCGUGUCUGCUCGUCUUCCUGAGCUCCGCCUGGCCACGGUGGGCCAUUAUCUUCCAGAGCUUGAUCGCUUUGGACAUGGCCAGUCACUACAUGCACAUGUACGCGACUUUGAGCAUGGGAGGUUCCAGCCAGAGCCACAAGAAGGUGGAGGCUAGCCGCAGCUGGGUCUUGUACCAGUAUUACCACAGCAGGACCGUUCUGUUUAUCUGCUGCGCGCUGAAUGAGCUGUUCUUCAUCGGCCUGUACCUGCUCUCUUUCUCUUCCCCCACUCUGUCUCCCUCCCUCCUGCAGCCUGUGAGCACUGCCAGCCCAUGGAGUGCUGGGGCUCUGGAGAUGGCGCGCGCCAACAAGAUCGACAGCUUCUGGCCUUGGGUGAUCACCGGCAUUUCGGCUCCCGUCAUGGCUCUGAAGCAGUUCAUCAACGUUGUGCAGCUGGUCAAGGCAAGCAAGUGGCUGGUGGAGGGCGACAUUGCUAGCCGCAAGGCCAUGCGCAAUGGCAAGAAGAACUAAGUCAUGCUCUGACAGUUCGUGGCUGAAGUUGGCUUGUUCUAGCUACCAGUCAACUCGAUAAUGCCCGUUGGGCUACGUUCCCGGGAUCUGGAGGAGUUAUGGAUGUUCCCAGACCGGGUCAGAUAAUUUCUGCAUGGUUCUGGUGCUCUGGCUGUUUCUGGACAGUUCAGAGUGACCCAGAAGUCUCCCCAUAAUUUCCGUUACCCCAUGUCUCUCUUCAUUUUUCUAUUUCUUUUCUCUGGCUCGAGGAUAUCGGUCAUGUCUUAGUAUAUGUGAUGGGCGGGACUGCGGCAUAUAAGGCUAGGUGUACAGACGUCUCAGGGCAAAAAUGGGACGAUAUUGGAGGCGUGCUUUGUGUUACUUUCUACUUGCAUGGCUUCUGUCUUUGUUUCAAUGCUUUUUUCGUGUGAUUAAAUUGGCGCCGCCAUCGUCGAUAGCAUUUUUAAUCGGGAC